ACUUUUUGUUCUCGACACAACGACCGGUCAAAGCCUCUUUUCCCCCGCCAGCUAUGCUUUACCACCUCAUCCGAUCCAGCGAAGAUCCUGAAAAGGUCUCUCUCUCUCUCUCUCUCUCUCUCUUGUGUUGAUCGAUUGAUUUCUUGAUAUCAAUCUGUCUGAGAUUGUUUGAGCAAAUCUCGUUUUAUCAUUUGGAGGUAUACUGCAGCGCCUUCGAUCAUUUGUUGAUUGGAGUCCACAUAUUCUUAACUAUGCAUUCUUCGUGCGCACGUAGUCAAUUUAACUAGAACUGUGAAAUUCUUCCCCGCAUUUUGUGGAUACUUUUACAAAGAUUCAAGGAUAGAACGGGGAAUUGCUGGUCCAGUUAGGGCUGGCUUGUUUAAUCUCACCACGGCUUUAAGCAGAGUAAUUCGUGUUGACAUUAGAAGGGGCCAAGAAUGUGUGCAAGCAUUUCCUAAGUUUUUGAUUGCGUCUCCUUCAUUUCAUGGUGGUCGGGGUGCCCUACCUUCAGCUGGUGGGCAUCCAGCUGAUUUGACCUUUCUUGCUGGUGGAGGGUAUUGAAUUUGCACCGUGGAUUGGUUUCUAUUCUAAUUUAUUGGAGUUUUACUACGAUCAAAGCAAGCAUGGUUACGGUUAAGCAAUUUGAAGAUGACAAUUAUCCAUUGCAAUAUACUUCAUUUAAACAGUAUUCUCGAAUCUCUUCUGAGGGUAUUAGAGUUCCUCUUUACUGCCUUGGUACCCAGCCUCUCAUAGAUAAUGGUCCUUUAAGAGAAUUUUCAUGUGAUCCUGAUGAAGAUGAAAGCAUAUUGAAUUCUCUUCUUCUUGCUCAGUGGGAAGAUCGACUCUGGAAAGGCCUUUGCAAAUAUGAUGUGACUACCUCUGAAAUUAAGGUCAUCAGCGGGAAAAGAAAGUUUCUUGCCCAGUUAAAUGAAGGAUGGGAUGUAGAUCAAUUAUCCAAUCUUGAGGAGAGCAAAGCCUGUUGUCAAGGGGAUGCUUCCAUGUUCAAGUGUAAGAAACACUUUGAGGAGUUACUCUUCUGUGUUGCAAUGGGCAAAAGGGCAAAACCAGAGUUUAUUCCCAUGGUUGCUGUGCCUAAUAAUGUCAUUUUGAUUAUUAUGAAUGUAACUCCUGUUGAGUAUGGUCACAUCUUCCUGCUACCUUGUGGCUGGAGCAGACUUUCCCAGUCAAUGGAUGCAAAAUUCUUAGAAAUGAUCAUAAGGGUUUCUCUUGAAAUAAAUAACUCUUCCUUCCGCAUGUUCUAUGACUGGUCUAUAUCAAGUGCUCCUCACCCAUAUUUUCAGGCUUGUUACUUUCCAAACCAUUUGCCUGUGGAGCUCAUGCCAGUUCUGAAACUAUUUAAUGAUUGGGGAGGAAGGAUUUGUAUUAUGCGUCUCUUGAAUUACCCUAUUAAAGCCCUUCUGUUUGAGAGCAGUGACAACUUGCAAGUAUUGGUGGAAGCACUCGUGGCAAUAUGUUCCUUCUUUAAGGAGAAAAACUUUUCAUAUAGUCUGCUGUUAUCUGAUUGUGGGAAAAAGAUAUUCUUGUUUCCUCAGGUUCCAACAUCGGCAGAUUCUUGCGCACUUCCGGCUUGGGAGUGUGGAGGCCACUUCUUGUUCAAAUCGAGGAGUGAUUUUGAUGAAGCUACUGAGGAAGCUAUCCUUGAACGUCUAGCUGCUGCAUCUCUUGAUGACGAACGCUUCCAGGAAGUGGAGCAGUUCUGUUGCAGGGUCGCCGGUAAAUUGGCUCAUUGACUCGGUUGUUUGAGACCUUAUGUCUGUUAGGCAAUAUGCGAGUCGCAUGUUCAUACUUUCUGUGUAUAAAGUUCCAACUCCAGAAUGAUAUUUGGAAUUGGCCAUAAUAAAUUCGUUUGGUGAAUUUUCUAAGACAGGCAGCUAAUAUCUAUUGCUUUUCUUUUGCGGAAA